AGAUGAUGCGCGAGCUGAAAAACGGAGCGCGCGGUGGAGACAGGGGCGCACUCCACAGCACUCACACAGACACACGCACACACACUGACCUCCACAGACAGACGGACACAUAGCCUCCUAUAUGAUCCUCCCUGUGUGCAAAAAGGAAAUGGAGUUCAAAUAGGCGCACUCCCUUAACUCAUGGACUGAAUGCAUUGACGACUGUCGCUUUGGAUUUGUGAACUUCAAGCCCAGACACUCAGGAGAGAAAAAUGUGGAGAUACACGAACUUGUUCGCCUGUCUGCUGGUAUUGUGUAAGGAUGCGUCUUCACACAGCAAGAUCUUUGGGGAGACUGAGCCUGUUCGGAUGACGUCAGAAGGCUCUGACUGCCGCUGUAAGUGCAUCAUGCGGCCUCUAAGCAAGGAUGCCUGCCUGCGGCUGCGGAGCGGCACUGUACGAGUGGAGGACUUCUACACGGUGGAGACGGUCAGCUCCGGUUCCGACUGUAAGUGCUCGUGCACGGCCCCACCGUCCUCCCUAAACCCCUGUGAGAAUGAGUGGAAGAUGGAGAAGCUGAAGAAACAGGCCCCCGAGUUACUAAAGCUCCAAUCCAUGGUGGACCUCCUGGAGGGAACACUUUACAGCAUGGACCUGAUGAAAGUCCACUCCUACAUCAACAAGGUGGUGUCUCAAAUGAACACCCUCGAAGAGACAAUCAAGACAAACCUCACGCGAGACAAUGAAUUUGUCCGAGACAGCAUGACGAGCCUCACCAACCAGUUUAAGAGGUAUGAGAACUACUCCAACAUCAUGAUGAGCAUCAAGAAGGAGAUCUCCAGCCUCAGCCUGCAGCUGCUGCAGAAAGACUCCUCGGAGAGCAAAGCACAGAACACUAAUGAUGAGAAAACCAAGGAGGCUGUAAAAGCACCCAACAAAAAGACCCCUGCUGCCAAACCUUCACCAAAACAGCCCAAAGAAAAGGUCGUAAAGCCCAAGAAAGAGGUCAUUAAACCUGGGAAGCCGGCCAAGCCUGACCCUACGGCCAAAGCCAAGGUGGUUGGCCACCAGCCUGGCGUGGUGAGGGGCAUCACAUACUACAAGGCUGCCAAGACCGACGAGGAUGAGCACAGAGGAGACCAUUCUGCCAAAACAUACACAGUCCAUCACAUCACGGAAAACCAGUCAGAGGAUGGAGGAGCUGAAAUGGUCCUGGAAACCAUGGAGGCCACUGUGGCCAAACCCAUCGCCACCACUGCUGUUCCCACCACCACUACAACUACUACUACCACCACCACAACCCCUGGCACCACAACUACCACCACUACUACACCCACUACCAUCACUACACUAAGUACACCAGCAUCUGAAAGACCAGCUCCGACCAUUGUGCUGGUGCUGGACAACUCCAACAACAACAGUCGACCCAUCCUCCACAGAGCAGGGAAGAUCCUUAACUGUGAAGGGACUCUAGCAUCCAUUGACCAGCCAGAGAAGCAGCACAGUUAUGGGCGGAACGAGGGAGCCUGGAUGAAGGAUCCCCUGGCUAAAGACUCCAAGAUCUACGUCACUAACUAUUACUAUGGCAACAACUUGGUGGAGUUCCGCAACCUGGAAAACUUCAAGCAAGGCCGAUGGAGCAACCUCUUCAAACUGCCUUACAACUGGAUAGGCACAGGCCAUGUGGUUUAUAAUGGAGCCUUCUACUACAACAGAGCCUUCACCAAGAACAUCAUCAAGUAUGAUCUGAGGAUGCGAUAUGUGGCGGCCUGGACACUGCUGCAUGACGUGGUUUAUGAGGACACCACCCCCUGGAAAUGGAGGGGCCACUCGGACAUUGACUUUGCAGUGGACGAAAGUGGCCUGUGGGUGAUCUACCCUUCCAUUGAUUACGACUACAACCAGCAAGAGGUGAUCAUCAUCAGUAAACUGGAUCCUGGAGACCUGUCGUUGAAAAAGGAAACAACCUGGAGGACAGGCCUCAAGCGAAACUCCUACGGAAACUGCUUCAUCAUCUGUGGUGUCUUGUACGCCGUCAAUGUGUACAACCAAAAGGAAGGUGAGGUGAACUAUGCUUAUGACACCCACACCAACACUGAAGCCAUCCCACGCCUGCCAUUCACCAAUGAGUACUCCUUCACCACCCAGAUUGACUACAACCCCAAAGAAAAGGUUUUGUAUGCCUGGGACAAUGGCCAUCAGCUCACAUAUCGGGUAAACUUUGUCGACCAGUGAGCACAGCUAGUUUGUGCUACAGAUUAGCUCAUUGUAUGCCUGUCAGUAUGGCACCUAAAUAAAAAGCUACCCAGUAUUUCACAGUCUAGAAGCAGCCAUAUUGGACUCAGGAUGACAGAUAAACCUACACCAGCCUUCCAGAGCUAAUGCGCACUAUUCAAACACCUGACCUCACAGUGUACCAAAAAUACAUGUCUCAAAUGUGUACUGGGAUGUGACUGUACAAUAUGUCAAUAGAAUGGAAAACGAACAGUGAAAAUAAUCUCACAGGUUGAGUUGAAGACUCAUCGGGCAGAUUUUAGGAAAGCAAAGAGAUUUCUUUAUAUGUUCAUUUAUGAAAUGUCAGCAGGCUGGCUAACUAGCAGACAUAUAUAGCUAUAAAUGGUUAGUUUUAAAUUGACAUAGCAUGUGUUACAUCAUGUGUUACGGUGGAUUUUGUGUCCAAUUUGUUUUACAGUGGAGUCACUUAACGACCACUAUAGACAGAAGACAUGAUUACAGUGUCCAACAACUCUUUAAACAUAUAUUUGGACUUUUGAGUGUUGUAUUAAAGGAGACAGGACAAUUUCAAAACCUAUCAGCUAAUGAGACAAUAUUUAUUUUUUUAAAUUGCUACCAAGACGCAUAUUGAAGAAGUGAAAUAGUUAAGAGUCAUUGAGACUAUAUCGUCCUGUGGAAAGAGAAAAGAAGAGAGUUCAGUCAGAGACACUUAGGAAUGUCGAGAAAUUGACCAUAAAGUAUGUGCAAUUGGGAUAGAUAUGGCGGAAAAGGCUCUGCUCUUUGAAGGAACUCUUAAAGCAUCCAAGCAGCAAUUAGGACAAUAAUGGGAGAACUAAUCUCCCUUGACAUACCCUCACAUACAUGAACUUUAAAUCACAGUGAAGUUAGUGAAACGUCAUUAAAUUAACUUAACUGUUCACACAAUACAGUAACGUGAGCUAUUUAAAUAAGCUGGAUACAUGGUUAAACGUAAUUAGCUCUUACCAGUGGAUCACCGUGUGUACUUCUUCCAUAGCAAUCCCGCCGAUUGGUCUUAAGAUGUCCCAGUUAGAGAGUAAAUGCCGUAAACAUUUUCUUUGUAAAUCUUUACAAUCAUUCCCUGAAAGAACUAAGCAUGCAUGCCUUAUUGCACGAUCCAAAAUGUCUUCAAAACUUGCCAUUUUCAGCGUGUAGCUUGCUAGCUUGAAGUUUGUUGUUUCCCGAAACAAACUGAGUUUGAGAACGGCAGCACACAGAGAGUGGAAGGGGAUUGACAUCGCGCGGGAUGUCAGGCAAUUAUCCUGGAGAAGUACUUACAUUAAUCUAGACUAACCAGUAGCAAACCACCUUGACAGUGCUGACUUUUGAGGACAGGAGAGUCCAAAAUGGAGGAAGCUAUUUAAUGUAUUAAGCUGUGUUUCAUCAACUUUUAUUACCCUCCUCUUCCAGAGUAUAAACUCCUCCCCGAAACAGACAAUUAUGAGACAAGAGUUGAUGGUACAAUGACAUCUCUUGAAUAAACUGUGAGAAUGUAUUGGUCUGUUAGUGGCUAAGAGCUAUUGUGACCUUAAUAUAAGCAAGUUAAACAGCAAAUAGGCAGCUUGCUAGCUACACAGUCCUGUGAAUAGUCACUAUUUCAGCAAGCCUCUAGCUCUGACGAUUUCAUGAGGACAUGUGGAGGAACUUCCCUUCCCAGGUAUUGAAGGAAAUGUAGUGUAAGACAUUUGCAUUUACCUUCAGUAUUCAGCCAUGUUUUCUCUCACUAAGUUUAAACUCUAAAGUUUUAAGUUAGGAUAACCUAACUAGCUAUAAGUAGCUAACCUGUUAGCUAACGUAGCAUGGCUAGAUUCAGCAACCACCAUCAGGCUUCCUAAUGUUAGAUACCCCGUGUUUUAUGGCUUCAAAUAUUUCUACACGGCGCGUGUUACUUGGCUCCAACCCCCAUCAUUUUAACUCAAUCAAUGAGAUUAUUUCUGCCUCCAGAGUAGUUCUCAUUCUGGGAAAUGUUUGUAUAACUAAACUAUCAACUAUUUUUUUUUCAUUUUCCCAUCUACUCCAUCCUAUCACCAAGCACUUUGAUCAUUGAUUAUUAUUCCGGCCUCAUGAUGCUUCCUGUCUCUUUACCAUUGAUGUUGUUUUGAGGGUUGUGUUGAAUAUAUUGUGAACCCCAAAAACAAAACAAUGUACACAAUUGUCUAAGCUUAAGAUAUUUUUUUUUAUAUUUACAUGAAUUCAUUUGACAAUAUAAUACCACUUUUUUUCUAAUUUCCAUUCAUCUUGUUGAAUUUCUGUGUUGUUGUAUUCAAAUAUGCAGCUUUCAUCAUUAAUAACAAUUGCCUAACCACUACAUUUGUUGUAAUUGAGUAUUUGAACAUUAUUACCUGAAUGGAAAAUAACAACCGUGAUCAGUCAUGCUUAUACAAAAGGUGCACUGUACCAUUAGCUGUGCCAUCUUCAAUAAUGAACACCAUAACCCAUGAAUGUUUUUUAUUUGUGAUAAUGACUGACAGUACCGUGUGAGCACAUAAUGAAGUGGUGAAGUGGUUUUAAAACCAAUGAGGUAACUCUUACAACACUUUGUAGUGUUGUUUUGGUCUUGUACACCAUUAACGAUUCCCCACCACAUUGGCUUGUUCUUUAAUUAUCAGGAGUGUUUUGUUAAGUGUAUUCAUAAAAAGGCAUGCUAAUUGCAAUAAAGUCUUUUUUUUCAAUUG